UCUCUCGCUCUCUCCGAGACAGCCUCGUCCCUCCUCACCGCCGGUGGAAGCUCAGUUGACCAGCGUCGCAACUGGGCGAUGCGCCUUCAAGCAGAGACUCUACCUUUUUGCGGCGGAUUUGACAGUCCCAUCGCAGCUUGCAUCCUCACAUCCUAAUGAGUAAUAAUUUAGUUGUUUGCCCUCGUCAGUGAUUUCCUCAGCUUGCGUCAGUCUAAUUUUGAGGGGGGAAAAAAAAACUAUUCACAGGACAAGGUUUUCGGUUAUCUGAAAACUGACCGCUCGCAACAGGUUUUUUCCACCGUCUUGAACGAUCCCUGUGGGAGGAUUUGCUGUCAACAUACCGAUUGCUUUUUAUUUUUGAAACCAGCCAGAGACAACUGAUAACUUAAUCGAAGAUGGUACGAGAAACCCCGGACAAACUCGCUUGAUUUUGGUCAUUUGUGUCCUCAGUUUUUGUCUAUUGGAGGCUCGAAAGCAUCUUCAGACAGACUACAGGGAGCAGAGGCGGCUGUUUCACCGUCCACAGGCUGUUGUAAGGUGGGCAGGAGCAACCAGCAGCCAUGCUGUCAUUGGACGAGCCGCUGGACUUGAAGCUUCCCAAGGGACGGACAGAUGGUCCAGUCAAAUUAGGAAAGAGGGCUUGUUCUUCCUCUAUCUGUGCCCCUCUCAGCACCACACGACCACGCCUGCUAUGCACAACCUUUCCGUCUCCCCCCUCCUCCCCAGAGUCCCAGUCUUCCCCUCAAGAACGACCCGGGUCCUGCUUCAGUCCUCCAGCCAUGGACCUCAGCCUGUCUCCCUCCUCCCGCCAUGCCUCCUCCCUCUCCCCGUCUCCUUCCUCCCCCUCCUCCCCCUUCCCUUCCUCACCCCUGGAAUCCCCUCACUGCAGCAGCAGCCCUCAGCCACAUCUCUUCUCACGGGAACCAGCUCGUCAUCGAGGUCUGGAGGGUAGAGCUUCACCGCAGGGCUAUCCAUUUUACCUGCCGAUUGGAAGCCCACCGAGGGCAUACAGCUUUCCCUCCUCCAUGUUCAUCGCUCAGAACAGAGAGAAGCAGGUAUCACCAGAGCCCUCAUUGGACGGUCAGCUGGCCUGCCGUUGGAUAAAGUGCCACCUGCUGUUCGACUCGCUGCAGGACCUGGUUGAUCACAUCAACGACUUCCACGUCAAGCCUGAAAAGGAUUCUGGGUACUGCUGCCAGUGGGAGGGCUGUGCCCGUAAUGGCAGGGGCUUCAAUGCCAGGUAUAAAAUGCUGAUUCAUAUCCGGACACACACCAAUGAGAAGCCGCACCAUUGUCCCACCUGUAACAAGAGCUUCUCACGUCUGGAGAACUUGAAGAUACACACCCGUUCACACACAGGAGAAAAACCCUACAUCUGCCCUUAUGAAGGCUGCAGCAAACGUUACUCCAACUCUAGCGAUCGCUUCAAACACACCCGCACCCACUACGUUGACAAGCCUUACUACUGCAAGAUGGCAGGCUGCCUGAAGCGCUACACAGAUCCCAGCUCGCUACGCAAGCACAUCAAGGCACAUGGGCACUUUGUUGCCCAUGAGCAAGGUGCCCCGAGCAGGCUGGGGGCGGGGCUGGGCCUCCCUGGUCACCAGAGUGCCGUUGAACUGCCUACUGUAGGCAGGGCCCACAUCAUCCUCCCUGGGGCUGCUGCAGCUCUUCUUGGGGGCCUGGGGACCUCUUUGCCUCUCUCUGCUUUCUGCCACGCCAGAGCCCUGGGCCACCAUGGGGCACCACUCUUCUCCAUGGGUGGAGGAAGCAGCAUCGGGCCGCUCGGCCUCUCGGACUCUCCUCUCUUACACUUUGGACUUUCAGCUGCAUCAAUGUUGGGGCUGGGAGCUCUUGGAGGUCUGGGACGGGUGGUAGGGAAGGAGACGGAGGGUGAAGAGGAAGAGGAGGAAGGAGAGGAGGGGGAGGUGCUGAACCUGUCUGCAGGAGUGGGGCAUAGACGAAGUGACCCUUUGUCCUGGGUGGUUGUUCCACCAAGGGCAGGCCUCCUUAAACCAGCUGUCGUCAGCUAGGAUGUGCACUCAGCAAUGCAUAGAACCAGGAUGUGUGUCCAUGUUUGCGUGUUCAGAACAUACAUGCAUGAUUAUGAUGAGUGUGUAGAGUGUGUAGUGUGUGUGUGUGUGUGUUUGUGUGUGUGUGUGUGUGUGUGUGUAUGUGUAUGUGUGCGCGCAUGUGAGGGAACAAAGAUCAAUAUCACCUGCAGAGCCAUAAAAAGCACUUCAGCCAUUCCAGCCGAGAAACAACUGAAGAAAGACUGAAAUGGACAGAAGUCAUUGUUUCGAGCGUACAAAGCCCAAACAAGACCUUAGAGUAUUGGGUUGCAAAAGUCUUCCACUUUAAAAGGGUCAGUUCACCCAAAUGAAAACGAGAAAAAGAAAAUGUACCCCUAGUGGUAUCCGGCAAGGCCGACAGGUGCAGAUAGAAUAUCCAUUCAUCACAUUAAAGACAUAACAUAAAAGAACAAUGAGGCUAUUUGCUUGCCUAACAUUUUCUCUGUGCUUCAAUGAGUUUCAGAGAUACUGGAGGUUUAUUCCAUUCAAAGGGAUUGUUGCCCACUGAACUUUGAAUCUAAAAAGGAUCAAAUUUGUUAAGCUGCCUUUUGUCGCAUACCAUAAUUCCUCAACUAAAAACCGGGGCCUUUAUUUACCUGAACUGUAAAAGUUCACAGGCUUUUAUUUGAAGCAGGGCAACUUGAGUCAGAAUUAAUCAAACACCACCAUUGUGUCAGUUUGAACCCUGUAACUGUACCGGGUAUUUAUUUCAAAUACAGGUACUACGGUAUUGUUGGUAGAUUACAAUAAGAGCAUACAGUAGUUUAGUAAAACACAUUGCUGGUUUGCAGCACGCCAGUAUCUGAUUAACGUUACAGACGGUAGCUAGCUUUGUUUUCAGCUGCAUUGAAAAACUUUGAAAAACGUUAGCUCCAGGCUAACGUUUUUCCUCCCACCUCCAGAUAGCCGUGCUCUGCUCUUGUCGGCUGAUCUUGUAACUCCGUGUACUUUGUUUUGUUUUCAAUAAGUUGUUGAAAAGUCCGUCACUAGCACUAAAUGAGACCCCGUGUUACAUCCAAUGUUACUACUGCCAUCUACUGGCACCUGUAUGUUACCACAAACUACACUUACGCUCUGGUAACACAUACAGCCGCAUUGAUUAAAAUACCGGUAGGACAAUAAUACUUUACAUGAGUAUCAUAAUCCAGAGAAACAAAGUGUGGAAAAAAACAUGAAUAUAUUGUUUAAUCCGUUAAAUUAAAUUGCUAGAAAUGUACAUUACAAUGAACUUGAAUUUUAUUUUUACUUAAUAUUAUAUGAAAGGCACUUAGGAGAUUAUCCACACAAAUCUUUGCCUUUAUUUUGACCACGCCCCCCACGACCACUAUCGGAGGACCGGCGUUUAAUUGACUACCGGUUUUUAUUUGAGGAAUUACCCUAGUUGUCAUUGUCGUGAUUAGUCAUUAAAAGUAGUUGGACAGAUAUUUAGGGACCUCAUUAGGAAAAACUGAAAACAGCAUAAACAAAAAAAGGAAAUUUGAAAAUUUCAACAGUAACCAUCUUUUCAAAAGUCCCUGUUAUUUUGGAUAAACACAGGCAUCGCCGUGAACACUUUCUUUAUUUCAACAUUUUUGCAAUGAGAGUUUCAAAUGUCAUUUAUAGCCAGUACUAGGGUAAGCAAAGCCAGUUGGUCGGUCUACCUCUGUGGUACAGAUGGAAACAUUUCAACAACUGUUUGAUGGAUUGGCAUGACAUUUUUUACCAACACAUUCUCACUCCCAUCGCGACAAAACGCGCAAUUGGUCAGGUGCCAUUGGCGUUUGUUAUUGAUGCAAAAAGACUCCUUUAGCAUCAUAUUCAGAUGUGCUUGGUAGGGACACUUGGCGUCACUUUUUGACGCUCUGGGUCGGGACGUACGUUUAACUGACAAGCAGCUCAAGAACGGGACAGUUCGGUUUUGGUUAGGGUCCUGUGUUGUUUGACCCAUCCUGCCUACUUACGCAGAUUUUCGCUCUUUCCUACUACUCGCUACCGUUGUCACUCUUACUCGGCCAUCUUACAGUGCGCGGUCAAGCUGCUGCUAUGCCCGGUGUGUUCCAUACAGACGCUGAAGGGUGAUCUUUUUAUGUCGGUAUCUGACACUGAGAGCCAACGACCAAGCGUCAGUAUUUAACGAGUUGGGAGUGGGAACGGGUUUUUUUUUUUUUUUACAGCCAUGCAUGGUCACCAGAGGAUGAAUCCUACCAAUUUUUGUAAACCUGUGACUUUUCCUCUGGUGCCAAUACUUUGGCUUAUGGCCAAGCACCCCCCCACCAAAAAAAUGACAUCAACCUCAGCUAUUGUGUUUAGUGUUAAUAACAAAAUGUUAGCAUGCUAACAUGCUAAACUAAGAUGUCAACAAGGUAGACAUCGUGUUUGCAUAAUAUUAGCCUGCCUUGUUGCAAUGUUAUGAGCCUUACAAAUCAAAUUCUCUAUAUUUCAGAUGUUUUAGAGGUGAAUAUCUCAAAACCUCAGGACGCAAAACCACAUCUGCAUGGCUUUAUACCACACAAGUAAGAAAAUAUGUGAGAUUUAGAUGAACUGACCCUUUAAUAGUCCUUGAUUCACCCAUCCCUUCCUGUUCAUCUACACCUUGGCUUCAUGGUCAACAAUUAACAGUGGACAAUCACCUGGAUUCGAUUCACUAAACCAGGUCAGGAAAAGAGCAGAUGCACUAACAUUUUUGUAGAUUUUAUGUUUGACAACCCCCACUGACUGCAGACCCAUUUUCACUCCUAAAUAGAUAUGGGGGAAAGCAGGAUUGUGGGGAGCAACGAGAAAUACACUCCAUACACAAUAACUCAAUGUAACAUUAAUGAAUACGUUCAUUAGGAUCUACCAGUGUUACAUCCAUCUACAUUUUUUUGAGUUUGAGUUUUUGCUAUUAAGGGGUUACACUGCAAAAUAAAAUAUUUGAACAAUUCGACACCAACUCCCAUAAAAAAAGACGGCUGACAUUAAAAACACAUUUUUGUGGUUAUUUUCUAUAACUGUUUACAAGAUAUAUUUUUGUUACAGAUUUUACAAGAUGGUCUUGUUACAAAAUUGAUUUAAGGUGCUUUUGGUAAUUGACUCACAGCCUUGUCAUUUAAAGACGGUUUCUCUGUAUGGUUUAUCGGGCACUGGCAAUUUGUUGUCAUGUGCAUCUGAGAUGACUCCAUAUCAGCUGCAAUGUGAAUAAUUAGCUCUCUUGAUAAAAACUAAAACCUCCUGAGGCCUAACGCCACACAUCACAAUUUAUGAUGCAGUAAUCUUUACUGAUUACUAGUCCUCAGGUGAUCUCAGUGUAGCCGCCGUCUGCUCUGUGGUUUGUUUUAACCUGGAGAAACUUUGACAUUUACAACACUACGAUGUGUGAUGAAAUAUUAUAAUCCACACAAAGCUAUCUGUUUGACCAUGUGAUUUUUCAAGUCGCAAGAAGAAAAUAAUCAACUGUUUUGACGCAACUGAAUGUAGGUUUGAGGUUAACUCCUUUUCUUGCUGUUUGUUUUAGCUCAUUCCUUGCUGUGUUAGUCAUCAUAGACAAUGAUCUGGACAGGAUCAGCCCUGCCUUAAGACAAGACCAACUGAGGAAAACAAGUAGGAACAAGGUAGACAAAGGUGUGUAUUAGGCAAUAAUGGGUACACAUUUGCUUUACAAAAUGGUACACAAGAACAAACCAAACAAUGGUUUAAAAAGCUGUCUCGAGUAUUAUUUGAAUGGGAAAUGUUUGACAAUGGCCGAACGUGGCCAGUAUCAUUUAUCUUGUAUACUUGUUUGCACAUUGAUUGAUCCUAGUCAGUAUUUCAAAAGGUGUCCACGUGCCUUGUGUUUCAUCUGAAAUAUACCACAGAAUAUAUGAAAAAUAUUUACACAAAUGUAAAGUGUAUAAAUGUACUUUUCAUUACAUUUUAGAAAACUGAAAUUGAAUAACUUGACAACAGAUGUGAUUUGUACAUCAGGGCCACUGCAACACUCUCCAAGGACGUCACCAGUGUUGAUGUCUAUGACAAUGACUCAAUGUCAAUAAAAAAA